AUGCCGCCCCACCCGAAUACGACAAAGGAGAACAUUCCAAGUCUGGUCAAGGCCACUCCAGGGGCUCAGUCCCUACGAUGGAUGCUAUUGUUCGCUUUCCUCUGUUCUCUCGUCGGAAAUGCGUAUGGAACGCAUCACCAACACCAUGGUCACCAGCACCUUCACCAUCAAGUCCGUGAUGUGAAAGCAUCGGCUACCCCCACCGUGACUUCUUCUUCUUCUUCCUCCCUUCCCUCCACUCUCGAGGAAGCCAAAGAGAUAAUAAAAAAUGCACAAGCGUCUUUGGCAGUCAUGAACAAAGGCCGGCUAGCGUAUCCGCAAUGGAAUCAAUACAUAGCCCAGCCUAAGUCGAAGAAUGGAACCUCCCCCGUGGCACCUGCACUUGGCACGGAGCAUCUGGCCACGAAUCAUGCGAUGAUUGCCAAAAUUGCCCUGAAUGAGUCAAAGACUGAAGAUCAAAGCAGCCAAAAAUUUAGCUACACAAUUCCAUCCGGGGUUGCUCAUGCUGCCAAACUUGUUGCUGAAGCUUCUCCUCAAUCACCCGGCUCUCAUGGUGUGGAUAUUGCAGCAAUCCGGCGCAAAUAUCGGCCCCAGCGGAACGAUACCAACAGGCCAGCUCAGAAGUAUGCGCAGUCCAAUGGACUAGACGGAUAUGUGCAUGCUCAGGCUCCCAUGAACUCUGCUCUGGAUUCGGACUCGGGGGACGACGAGUCCCAACUGACCAAGCGAUCGUCCGCGGACUUCUGGCUCACAACAAUGACCCAGAGAGGCUCCAGUCCAUACGCACCAGAGGGAUAUAAGGUCUGGAGAAAUGUUAAAGAAUACGGUGCCAAAGGUGACGGUGUCACCGAUGACACUGCCGCGAUCAAUCUUGCCGUCUCUGAUGGCGGGCGAUGCGGAGCUGAUUGUGGCUCCAGUACUAUCUACCCGGCCCAAGUGUAUUUCCCCCCUGGCACAUACCUAGUGAGCUCGCCGAUUAUCCAGUACUUCAACACAGAGUUCUUGGGAAAUCCCCUUGAUUACCCCACAAUCUUGGCUGCGUCCAGCUUUGUUGGACUUGGCGUUAUCACCUCCGACGUCUAUACCGGGGACACUACUGAGUGGUACAUCAAUACCAACAACUUCCUUCGAUCAGUUCGAAACUUCAACGUUGAUGUCACGAGAACACCACAGGACGCCUAUGUAUGCGGAAUUCACUGGCAAGUGGCGCAAGGAACAUCGCUCGAGAAUAUGGUCUUCUAUAUGUCGCAAGAUGCCGCAACUACCCAACAGGGAGUCUACAUGGAAAACGGCAGUGGUGGUUUUAUUACCAACCUGACAUUCGUUGGUGGCAAUUUUGGAGCAUAUUUUGGCAAUCAACAAUUCACCACGUCCGAACUUACAUUCAUUAACGCAAAAAACGCCCUUCAAGUUCAUUGGGACUGGGCCUGGACUAUGCAGGACGUGAUCAUCGAGAACUGUGUCAAUGGCCUGGUAAUUGUUGGCGGAGCCGGCGGUAGCAUGAGCACUGGACAAUCCGUUGGAUCACUGAUCUUGAUGGAUGCUCUGAUCGUUAACGCUACAAACGGAAUUGUGACGUCCUUAUUCGCGGAAAACUCGACCUCUUUCCUCUUGCAAAACUCUGUUUUCAGAGACGUGACCACUGCCGUGCUCGACAGUGCCCAGGGUACAGAGAUUCUAGCGGGCGGGGCUGCUUUCGGUGUUGAAUCGUGGGGCUUUGGUCGUGUCGCUACCUCUAGUACUAACAGCACAUUCUACAACGGUCAGGAUAUCCCCGUUAUGGAGAGACCUGUGUCGUUGACGUACAUGGGAUACGACAAGCCCAAUUUCUUCCAGCGUCGUCGACCCGCUUACACCAACAUUGGAAACACUCAGAUUAUCGACGUGAAAGAAUGGGGUGCUGCUGGAGAUGGCACAACAAAUGAUGGGCCAAUUCUGAACAGCAUCCUGGACCGCGCUGCUAACCUUUCCGCCAUUGUUUUUAUUCCGCAUGGUAUUUACAUUGUUGAAGAUACACUGCAUAUCCCUGUUGGCUCUCGUAUCAUCGGUCAGGCGUGGUCCCAGAUCAUGAUGAAAGGGUCGAAGUUCGAAAACCAAUUAAAACCCCGUGUCGGAGUUCAAGUUGGCCAAGUUGGCGAUGUGGGAAUCAUCGAGAUUCAGAGUCUGCUUUUCACAGUCUCUGGUCCUACUGCUGGUGCUGUGUUAGUGGAGUGGAAUGUCCACCAAUCUACCCAAGGCUCCGCUGCCAUGUGGGACUCUCAUUUCCGAGUUGGCGGCGCAAAAGGAUCAUCUCUGCAAACCUCCCAGUGCGACAAGAGCGAUACCGCAGUCAAUACAGCCUGCGUUGCAGCAUCUUUGCUUCUACAUAUAACUUCUCAGUCUUCGGCCUAUCUUGAGAAUAUCUGGGCGUGGACCGCCGAUCAUGACCUUGACACAACAGCGCAAGAACAAAUCAACAUUUACUCUGGACGGGGCAUUUUGGUGGAGAGCCAAGGCCCGACGUGGUUGUACGGCACCUCCUCUGAGCACAAUGUUCUCUACCAAUAUCAAGUGUCCAACGCCAAGGAUCUCUACAUGGGCAUGAUCCAGACCGAAUCUCCAUACUUCCAACCCACUCCUCACGCUCCCCAACCGUUCAAAGCGGGUCUAUUUUCCAACGACCCAGUCUUCGCAGACUGUGAUUCCUCCUCGGCCAACUGCUUUGCCUCCUGGGCUCUUCGAAUCAUCGACUCUUCCUCUGUUUAUAUAAUGGGCACAGAGGACUGCCAACAACGCGCGUUUGAGAUCUCCCAGAGUACUGAUACCUGGAUCUACAACCUUGUCACGAAAGGCAUCGUAGAAAUGAUUUCUCCUGUCAACGAAGACCCAACUCUCGCUGCCAAUAACGUCAAUGGAUUCAUGUCGUCGAUUCUGGCUUGGGUUCGCGGAAGCAAUAGCACCAUUGGGGAGAGAACCUUCCCUGGUUUCCAAAUAUACACUGCCGAUAGCCUUGAAGGACAGGGUCUUACCGAGUCGUGCACCCCGGCGUUGACACAGAAAGUCCUCUGCAGUCCAUUUUUGAAGACCUGGACAUCCCCGGGCAUUGGUCAAUAUUAUAAGAAUACUACUUUCACUGACAUGCUUUGCGACGCUGGAUGUGGCGAAAGUCUUGGCAGCUAUGUGGACAAUGUGGAAACAUACUGCGCCAACCAGACCAUCGGCAGCUCGAUCCCAACCCGUAAUGGAGGCACGAUUUACCACAACUACAAUUUGACUUGUCUCGAAGAUAAAGACACAAAAGAAUACUGUCUUGAUACUAUUAUGGACUUCACUACCGUGGAGAGCGCGAAGGACAUGCCAACUAAUGAGUUGUGCUCAUACUGCUACACCACCAUGCUCGAAAUGAGACAGGCCAGUAUCUACAGCAGCUACACCGAAUCCGACAAGGAGACACUCGAGCUGAUUCAAUCAACAUGCGGUCUGACUGGACCCACCGAGCUUCAUGAUCCGCCUUAUACUGUGACGCCCACCCCGGACCCCGUUUGUGUCUCAAACACCACCUACACAACCCAGCCCGGAGAUACCUGCGACAAGCUAGCAAAGCAGUACUCCGUCGCUUCAGCCGCAAUCCUCUAUGCCAACCCAACUAUAAUCGGAAACUGUUCCGAUCUGCCAGCCAGCCGCGAUAUCUGCAUGCCCCUCGGCUGUGACACGCAAUACACGCUCCAAGAUGACGACAACUGCUGGCAACUCCAGCGCGACUAUGGGCUCGGCCCGGAUUCCAUUCGCCAAUACAACCCCUGGCUUGAUUCGGACUGUCUGAACAUGCAAGGCGCCCGCGAAAUCCUUGGCAGCGUCCUUUGCCUGUCUCCCCAGGGCGCUACCCAUAAUACAACUGGUGACGGCAUCACAACAACUCCUGGAAAUGGAGAGUAUGCACAAGGCGUGGUGUCACCACCUGAAAACUCCACAGUUGCACCUGGAACUACGACUAAGUGCGGUCGGUGGUACUCCGCGACGGCUGAUGAUUUAUGCGUCCAGAUCUGCUUGAAGUCGGGAGUUUCGGCGAAGCUUUUCAAGGCCGCGAACCCUUCUUUGGCAGCUGACUGUGACAAUAGUUUGAUUGCUGGUGAUGCCUAUUGCGUUGGGCCGGUUCCUCGCUGGAAUGACACUGCGUACUGGAUUGAGACUGCUACCAGCAGUAAGGCUGUCUCCACUCCGUUGGCAUCGGCCAAAGCGACAGGCAGCGUUUGA